ACCAGCGGUUGGAUCUGUGUAAGCUGAACCCAUCAGACAGUGAUGCAGUACGGGGACAGAUCGUAGUGAGUCUCCAGACCAGAGAUGGUAUGGGCAGUGGAGGACCUGUGGUCGACUGUAGAGGACUGUUAGAGAAUGAAGGGCCUGUGUUUGAGGGCUGUUUCAGUGAGGAGCCGCUGCCGUACUCAGACCCCACGGGCGCCGCUGGGGGCGGGACCUGUCCACUGGAUUCACCCAACCAGGAGAACCGGCUCCAGGCUCAGCGAAUCAGAGGCCAGGAUUCCCAAAGACACACCCACACCCCUCAGAACCGACCGCAUGGCAACCAAUCACCUGAUCUGCCUGAGGGAUACGAGCAGCGCACCACGGUGCAGGGACAGGUGUAUUUUCUUCACACACAGACGGGAGUCAGCACCUGGCAUGACCCACGCAUACCCAGGGACCUGACCAGUGUGAGCUGUGAGGAGUUGGGUCCGCUGCCAGCCGGCUGGGAGGUGAGGAGCACGGUGUCGGGACGUAUCUACUUUGUGGACCACAACAACCGAACCACGCAGUUCACUGACCCCCGACUACACACCAUCAUCAGCCAACACUCCCAGGAGAAGGAGUCGUCUCGGCCGCUGGAUGGGGGAGGCGGGAGAGAGAUGGAGGUGGGGGGUGAGGAGGAGGAGGGGGGAGGAGGAGGAGGCGAGGUGACACUGCGUUAUGAGAGAGACCUGGUCCACAAACUGAAGCUGCUGCGACACGAGCUGUCGCUACAGCAACCACAAGCCGGACACUGUCGCAUAGAGGUCUCACGAGAAGAGAUCUUUGAGGAGUCUUAUCGUCAGAUCAUGAAGAUGAGACCAAAGGAUCUGAAGAAACGACUGAUGGUGAAGUUUAGAGGAGAGGAAGGACUGGACUACGGAGGAGUGGCAAGGGAGUGGCUGUACCUGCUGUGCCAUGAGAUGUUGAACCCGUACUAUGGCCUGUUCCAAUACUCAACAGACAACAUUUACACACUACAGAUCAACCCCGACUCCUCUGUCAACCCUGACCACCUGUCGUAUUUCCACUUUGUGGGUCGUGUGAUGGGCCUGGCAGUGUUCCAUAGUCACUAUAUCAACGGAGGCUUCACCCUGCCCUUCUACAAGCAGCUGCUGGGGAAACCCAUUAUGCUCCAAGACCUGGAGACCACCGAUCCUGAACUACACAAGAGUCUGGUCUGGAUACUGGAGAAUGACAUCUCGUCGGUUCUAGAUCAUACGUUCUGCGUGGAACACAGUGCCUUCGGGAAGUUUCUUCAACAUGAGCUGAAACCCAACGGGCGCAACCUCCCGGUAACCGAGGACAACAAAAAGGAGUAUGUCAAGCUUUAUGUCAACUGGAGGUUUAUGAGGGGGAUAGAGGCUCAGUUCUUAGCUCUGCAGAAAGGAUUCAGCGAACUGAUCCCUCAACACCUCCUCAAACCAUUUGACCACAAGGAGCUAGAGUUGAUAAUCGGAGGUCUGGGGAAGAUAGACCUCCCAGAUUGGAAGUCCAACACCCGUCUGAAGCACUGUGCUGUAGACAGUAAUGUGGUCCGCUGGUUCUGGGAGGCUGUAGAGAGCUUCACUGAGGAGAGGAGAGGACGGUUACUGCAGUUUGUUACCGGUUCCACCAGAGUUCCACUACAGGGAUUCAAGGCCCUACAGGGUUCUACAGGGUCAGCAGGUCCAAGGCUGUUCACCAUCCAUCUGAUAGAGGCCAACACAGACAACCUACCCAAGGCACACACAUGGUCAAGGGUGAUGAAGACUGGACAUUGGUGGAACGUAACAGAGGACUGCACUCUGACCUGAGACCUGAGACCUGAUGCCUCGGCUUUAUAGGCUUUAGCUCAGUGGGCUACAGGACAGCGGCUCCCAGCACUGCAGUAUGAGCGUGUUGGUAACAGUGGGGAGGUUGUUCAUUGUGUAAAGAUGGAAGCAGAGUAUUGUAACUUCCUGGUUACUAAACAUUAAUGACUAAAUACUGUGUAAAUAAGAUUCUAUUAAAUAAACUAAAUUGAAAAUAAA